AUGGACCUGCUAGGACCGUUCCCGUCCUCGUUUACAGGAAAGAAAUGCAUAGUUGUCGCCACAGACCACCUGACCCGGUGCGCCAAGACGGACUCUCUGUACAGGGCGACAGCUCUCGAAGUUGCGAAGUUCUUCGUCAACAACAUAGUCCUCAGGCAUGUGCCCUUCACCGUGCCGCACAGAGACCAUGGCACCACGAGCACCUGGCCAGACCCAGCUCGCAUGCGUCACGUGCUCGGGGUUCUGGUGAAGAAAAAGAAGAGAGAUCUAACGUGGACGAGGCAUGUUGCCGUACCUAAAUCUAAACUGAAGAGCUUUGCUCUCGUUUUUCGCCACGUAGCUGGAGCAAGAUGGGGACCAUCAGAAUCAUCGCUACUUCAAUUAUACAAUGCUCUAUUUGUGGGAUACAAUCGAUACAGCAUGCCGGUGCUUUCCAAUAUGAGACCUAGUUGUGUGAAGACACUCGAGAGUGUUCAAGCACAAUGCUUAGGAAGAUGCUUGGGUCUACCACGCUGCACUUCAACAAAUGGGACAAUCGCAGAGGCUCGGGCUUGUCCCAUCAGUGUAUACAUGCUCUGCGAGCCGCUUAGAGUUCACUACACCGACGGAUCCACCACGCUAAACACCUCCGCCGCAGCCUUUGUGAUCCCAGACAUGGAUAUUGCUCGACGAUUCAAAGUGGACCAUAAAACCACAUCAACUGCCGCAGAGCUUGUCGCUAUCCGAGAGGCAAUAAGGUUUAUUUCCGGAGAGCGACCUCGAGCCUGGACGAUUUUCUGUGAUGCCAAACCCGCUUUGCAAAUGAGGUUCCGCAUGCCUCCUAAAUUGAAACGGCAACUCACAAGUAUGAUCCACCACAUUCGUCUUGGUGUAGCGUACACCAGACGUUACGCACAUAUCAUCGGUCGCAGUGACACCGGUCCU